AUGAAUGAAGAUAAGGAGGAAGUUAGAAGCGAGGCGGAGGCAGCGGCCAGCCCGAAGAGAUUGUGCUGGCCGCGGCGACCGCCUGCUCCUCUACCAGACACCAGGGGGCUCUGCUGCGCCAAACUCCUCAGGAAGAAUGGGAAAGCGAAGAAGGUGUUGAUGUUCCCUGAAGAGGGUUGGGCGAGGAGUGCUUCUUCAUCAUAUUGGACAUUACAGCCGUGCUGGUGGCGACGUUCCAGGUGUAAGGUUAUUGAAGUAGCUGGCACUAGAAGGCACAGUACACACGCUCGUAUGGUGGUGAGUGGUAUAAACGCCGUAUACAUCGUGGGCACUUUCAAACAUCUUGCAGCAGAUGCUGACUUCAAGUUAUAUUUGACAACGAACGUGACCCAAGCGGAUUUCAACAUGGGUUAUACGAUGACCGGUACCUUGGAGAGAGGCAGUCGGUCAAACAACAGCUUCCAAGUAACUCACUUCGCUGUACUACGACGCUGCGACCACGAGUCCCAUCACCUAAAGAACGCAUAG